AUGAUCUCGAAACAUCCGGAUCCCCAUGCCGAUGACUCUACCCCGUCCCUGCCGAUUCCCCGAACCCCCAGAGGCUGCAGCGGCGAGGAGAUCGUCUUAGCCCUCCAAAGCUUCCCUCCCGGUAGCUCGGGCGGCCUCGAUAGCCUGACGGCUCAGCACAUCCUCGACCUACUAACCGUGGGCGGCGAACUACGCCGACUCCUACUGGAACAGCUUGGCAGAGUAUGUGACAUCAUAGCAAGGGGCCGGAUAGCCGACGACGCAAGACGGCUGGUCCUCGGUUCCUGGCUAGUUGCAGCAAAGAAGACGAGUGGAGACCUUCGCCCAAUCGCCGUCGGAUGUACCCUUCGCCGCCUCACGGCGAAAAUCCUUCUCGCUAGGGUCCGCGCCGAUGCGACAGCCUACCUCUGCCCUCGACAACUCGGCUUCGCCACAAAGGGCGGAGGAGAAAUCGCCGUACACAGCAUCCGCUCAUACCUUCAGAUGACCAAGAAAUGCUCAUUGUUGAAAGUUGACUUCCAAAAUGCGUUCAACAGUCACCGUCGCGACACGAUGCUGAAAGAAACACAUGAGCGAGUCCCAGAAAUCUACUCCAUGGUUGCACAGACUUACUCGGAACCGACCCCGAUAUACUUCGGUAGCAGAGUCAUAGAAUCUCGAACAGGUUGCCAACAGGGAGAUGUCUUCUCCCCACUACUCUUCUGCCUAGUCGUCCAUCGGACCCUACGCUCCCUCGAGAGCGAAAUAUGUAUCGGUUUCCUCGACGAUUUCACACUGGUUAGCGAAGACCCCGAGAAGAUACUCCGUGACCUCGACAAGAUCCGCUCCGACCACAAUAUUCAUGGCCUAUCGAUCAAACCAUCGAAAUGCGAGCUGUUCCUGCAUGGGACUCAAACAGCUGAGCACGAUGACAUCGCACACCGGGUCGAUUCUCGACUCCCUGGCUGUCGUAUCAUCAGAGACGAAGCGGAUCUGGAACUUUUAGGGGCCCCCGUCUUUGAGACCGGGAUUGCAGAAGCACUCAAGAAGAAGGAAAAGAAAUACGAACUGAUCUUCCAACGACUAGAACACGUCGGCAGUCACGUCGCCGCGUAUAUUGUCCAGAGGGCGGCCGGAGUCCCGAAACUGACGUAUCUCUUGCGAACUUGCCCAGCAUUCAAAUCGGAGACCUUACUGAAGCGACUAGACUACAUGUUCACAGGCUGUUUCGAGAAUAUCCUGAAAACUUCCAUAUCAGAGGAUGCUCUCACGCAGCUGUCGCUACCCGCAUCUAAGGGUGGAUUCGGUAUCCCGACCCCCUCGAUGACGGCUCUUCCGGCCUUCGCUUCGUCUUGUCACGCUUCCGAACCGGAGGUGCUCGACAUCCUGUCACGUUCCCGCACCGACCGCAUUCAUCUUCGUGAUGAGGCGAUUGAAACAUUCGCGGCCAGAUACGGUACCGUCCCGGAGGUUGAAGAUCGCGCAGUUCAAAAGAAAUGGAGUGAUAUCGCCAGUGAUACGAUCAUAUCGUCUUUACGCCAGAGAUUUUCCCACUCCGAAACCGAUACGAUCAGACUUUGCAACGCUUCGGUCCCGGAAUCGGGCUGGUGGCUUCAAACAAUGCCCAGCAUGAACAUCGGCACCCUCCUGGAAGAUAGGGAUUUCAUACUCGCAGCGAAACUCCGAUUGGGUUUGCCCCUGAUGGAAGAAGUGACUUGCGCCUGCGGGAACGUAGCGGACCGCUACGGACUCCACCGCUUGAGUAGUGUGUCCCUUGCAUCCGGGAGAAUGUCUCGGCACGCUGCAAUCAACGAUCUGGUAGCAAGAGCUUUAAGGCAGUCCGGAACAACAAGCACGAAAGAGCCCAGAAACCUAUCAACAAACGACAUGUUGAGACCCGACGGCAUUUCACAUGAACCAUGGUCUCGAGGCCAACAACUCAUCUGGGAUGUGACAAUCAGAGAUUCGUUUGCACCGAGUAAUAGACAAAUAGCCAGAUCAGCGCGGGCGGUGGCGGCCAAAGCCGAACAAGAGAAAAGGACCAAGUAUCGGGAAUUCCUCGAAACUUACACUUUCGUCCCUUUUGUCAUUGAAUCCACCGGCGUGUGGGGCUCGGACGCUCUGAAGUUGACAAAAGAAAUCGGACGCCGUAUAGUGGCCCGCGGUGGCGAUCGCCGAGCUGCGAUGUACAUACAUAAGACAGCGCGUCGCUGUAGAAGUACAGAGGGGGAACGCUAG